ACCACUUGUUGAAUCUCGCUGUUACGUCUCGAUUUGAUUUUCACACAGUUAUUUGCCUCGAAAUUUAAGUGUUUCCGUGAUAAAAAUAUAUCCACUAGCUGGACGGUUGCAAAGAGCAACUAAGUGCAUCGAAUUUUGUGGUAAAAGCGGCCAUAAAAUUAUGAAAUUCGUAGCUUUUGUUUCGUGUUCGUGCGGGUGUUUGUGUGAGUGUUAGUGAAAAAGUAAAGAGCGUGUAUUGUGCUAGAAAAUAGCGUACAAAAGUAAAUUGAUUUGAGCCAGUAGUCAUAAGAAAAAGGGCGAUCGGUGGUAUAAUAAUAAAAAAAAAAUAACAAAAUAGUACUUAAAGGCACGGCCAAAAAACACUUGUACGAGUGUCUACUAAAAGGAAAGUGUUGUGGCUUAAGAAAAAAAUUAGUUUUUGCGUUUGCAGCAAACCAACUGGAACACAACCGGGUCUGACGGUUCAUUUCAACGAAGGUGUGACGGGAGGCAGACGUAGUAUAUUCGCGGAAUUAUAUUUCUAAGUAUUUCUAUAAGUAGAUUUAUUGUUUUGUUUACGUGCCACACGUUCGUCAAUUGCCGCGUAUCUUUUGUUUUACUUUUGAUCUGCGUAUACAAAAACUGACUUUUGCUAAGCGAUUGAUCAAUUCCGUUGCUUGCGGCACCACUACUAGUUUGGUGUAAAUAUGAAAAUGAAUGGGCGGCAUCCCAGAAAACUGUAAAUGCUUAUUUGUGCAAAACUGGCGACUAGUUGUCUGCCCGGUGCACUUAAAUCAUGAUGAACUGAAAAAGUUAUUUGCUUAGUGUCAAACAUCAGCAUUCCAUAGACAUUCCAAUCCAACACGGAUGUGCCGUAUGUGUGUGUGUAUUAUACCUUUGAGUAUGCAGAAAUAAAUGCACAGGCACGACACAUUCCAAUAACUUUUUAGUGCUAAUUCAAACUAACAGCAAACGCCAAACAAUCAGUUUACAUAGGAAAAGCGCUGAGCCUGCACUGAAACUACUCCAAUUACUAAACAAUAAAAAUCUACAGCAUCUUCUUGGAAACUAUUAUUCUGCCUGAAGACGACAUUUGUGCAGUGACAAAAGCGCCUACACCCACACUUACAUACUUGUAUAUAAAGAAAAUAUCAGCAAACACCCUUUCUUCUCAACUAACAUUCGUACUGCUGCUGCACUUUGAUUUUGCUUUGAUGCCAACUAUUAUUGCUGCUUAAUUUUCGGCCUCAGUUGGCGCUCACGACUCACGAUUAAUAUUUGUGAUACUUAACAUUGAAGAAAGAAGAAGAAAAAGAAUACAAGGAUACGUUACACAUAGAGUAGAAUCCGUUUAUUUGCGAGACACAUUGUUCAUAAAUUAAUCACUCGAUAUCGUCACUCCGCCAUCUUCUCCGUUCAGCCUAAGCCUUCAACACAAUGGGUGACAAUAUAAUUGGCUCGGCGAGUUUCUUGCAUUUGGGCGAUAUCGUAUCGCUCUAUGCGGAGGGUAGCGUUUGCGGCUUUCUCAGCACACUCGGCCUUGUGGAUGAUCGUACCGUAGUGUGUCCGGAGGCGGGUGAUUUAAAUUACCCGCCGAAGAAGUUUAGAGAUUGUCUCAUCAAGGUUUGCCCUAUGAAUCGUUACUCCGCACAGAAGCAAUUCUGGAAAGCCGCCAAACAGUCUGCCAGCUCUAACACAGACACCAACCUGCUAAAACGUUUGCAUCACGCAGCUGAAAUCGAGAAGAAGCAAAAUGAUACCGAAAAUAAAAAACUGCUGGGCACCGUGGUCCAAUAUGGCAGCGUCGUGCAACUGCUCCAUCUCAAAUCCAACAAAUACCUAACCAUGAACAAGCGACUGCCCUCACUACUGGAGAAGAAUGCCAUGCGUGUUUACUUGGACGCCAAUGGCAAUGAGGGCUCCUGGUUCUACAUAAUGCCCUUCUAUAAAUUGCGUUCUGCGGGCGAUAAUGUUGUGGUUGGUGACAAGGUUAUAUUGAAUCCCGUAAAUGCUGAGCAACAAAAUUUGCAUGUAGCCGCCAACUAUGAACUCCCUGACAAUCCUGGCUGUAAAGAGGUGAAUGUACUCAACUCCUCAACUUCAUGGAAAAUUACACUUUUUAUGGAGCACAAAGAAAAUCAAGAACACAUUCUGAAGGGUGGCGACGUUGUGCGUCUCUUUCACGCGGAACAGGAGAAAUUCCUCACCAUGGACGAAUACAAGAAAUAUCAGCAUGUGUUCUUACGUACGACCGGACGUACAAGCGCGACGGCGGCCACGAGCAGUAAGGCAUUGUGGGAGGUUGAGGUGGUGCAGCAUGAUUCUUGUCGCGGCGGGGCUGGACACUGGAACUCGUUGUAUCGUUUCAAACAUUUGGCCACCGGUUAUUACCUGGCUGCCGAGCUGGAAUCGGUGGGCAGCGCAUCUUUGGUGCACUCGUUGGAAGGAAGUGGUCUGGAUGCAUCGCUAAAGGAAGCAGAGAAGAGCAAAUGUGAACGCUACCGUCUGGUGCCGGUGCCAUACUCCACAGAAAUCGCAUCGGUGUUCGAAUUGGAUCCCACAACUAUGGCACGCGCCGACAGUCUGGUGCCGCAAUCGAGUUAUGUGCGUUUGCGACAUUUGUGCUCGAACACAUGGGUGCAUGCCACCUCCAUACCCAUUGACAUAGACGAUGACAAGCCAGUGAUGUCGAAGGUUUGUUGUUCGCCCAUCAAAGAGGACAAAGAGGCGUUUGCACUCAUACCUGUCUCGCCUGUGGAAGUGCGUGAUUUGGAUUUCGCCAAUGACGCUUGCAAAGUGUUGGAUACCGUUACGAGCAAAUUGGUGAACGGCAGCAUUUCUAUAAAUGAACGACGCUCGUUGAUAGCAUUGCUGCAGGAUAUCGUCUUCUUUAUUGCGGGCAUGGAGAAUGAGCAGAAUAAGGCAAAGGCCUUGGAUUUGACUAUUAAGAAUCCGAUACGUGAUCGUCAAAAACUCUUGCGCGAGCAAUACAUUCUAAAGCAACUGUUCAAAAUACUGCAAGGGCCAUUCCAAGAGCAUCCCAGUGGGGAAGCGCCCUUUCUGCGACUAGAUGAGCUCAGUGAUCCGAAAAAUAGUCCCUACAAAAAUAUUUUUCGCUUAUGUUAUCGCAUAUUGCGUCUAUCGCAGCAAGACUACCGAAAGAAUCAGGAGUAUAUCGCCAAGCAUUUUGGACUCAUGCAAAAGCAAAUUGGCUACGACAUCCUGGCUGAGGACACUAUCACAGCACUGUUGCAUAACAAUCGCAAACUGCUCGAGAAGCACAUAACAGCCGCUGAGAUUGAGACUUUUGUGGGUCUGGUGCGUAAAAAUAUGCACAAUUGGGACUCGCGCUUUCUCGACUAUCUCUCCGAUUUAUGUGUUUCGAACCGGAAGGCUAUUGCUGUGACACAGGAGCUAAUUUGCAAAAGUGUGCUCAGCUCAAAGAAUUCGGAUAUACUAAUCGAGACACAAAUCAAACAUUUCAAAACGCCUGUGAGCGACGGCUACCGUAGUGCUGCGGACGAUUCAUAUUCGCUGAGUACACUCACAGAGGUGUUGGAUGAUGAUGAGAAGUCAGAUUUGAUCUCCAAUACAACCACAACAACCAGCUGGGACACGACCAGCCUAAAUGAUGCGCCAGAAAUUGAAGAGAAAUACGAAAUACAUCUGAAGUGGCGCGGUCAGCCAAAUUCUCGUUCGAUGGGCGAUCUGGCCGAUUGCGCCGCUCAAGGCAAAGAGGAGGAGACAGCCAUACUCAACUACUACCGCCAUCAAUUGAACUUAUUUUCGAACAUGUGUUUGAAUCGUCAAUAUUUGGCACUGAAUAUUUUAUCGCCCCAUUUGGAUAUCGACUUAAUUCUAAAAUGCAUGUCCGAUGAGACAAUGCCAUAUGAGUUGCGCGCCUCUUUCUGCCGUCUAAUGCUUCAUUUGCAUGUUGAUCGCGAUCCACAGGAACCUGUGACGCCCGUGAAAUAUGCGCGCCUUUGGAGCGAAAUACCAUCGAAAAUGUCGAUAUUAGACUAUGAUGGUAAAAAUCAGCAACCCGAUCAUAAUAAGGAAGCUGUGCGUGCCAAAUUCAACACCACAAUCGCCUUUGUCGAGAAUUAUCUCUGCAAUGUGGCCACUAAAGUGUGGCUUUUCACUGAUCAGGAGCAAAAUAAAUUGACUUUUGAGGUGGUAAAACUGGCACGUGAUCUCAUUUACUUUGGCUUCUACAGCUUCAGCGAUCUGCUGCGUUUGACCAAAACUCUGCUUUGCAUUUUGGAUUGCGUAUCUGAAACCGGAAUGGAUGGUGCGGCAGGAGGGCGUUUCGUCAAUACGGACAUUGAUUCGGCCCAUGAAGAAGAAACGGCCGAAGGUGGUGUUCUCCGUUCCAUUGGCGACAUGAAUACCGUAAUGACCUCACUGGCACUCGGCUCUGUCGGCCAAGCGAUCGCCUCGCCUGCUUCGCUGGCGCUACAACAUCGCAAAUCUGUUUCCCAGAUGCUGAAAGAAUAUCCGCUGGUCAUGGAUACGAAAUUGAAAAUAAUCGAGAUUCUACAAUUCAUACUGGACGUACGUUUGGAUUAUAGAAUCAGUUGCCUCCUAUCGAUAUUCAAGCGCGAAUUUGACGAGACCGAACUAAGCGCUGCUGCAGCAGCCAGUGCUGCUGCGGCCGCCAACACAACCGGCACAGCCGAAGGCGGUGCAACUGAUGAUGGUAAUAUUAGCAGCGGUGAGACAAGCAGCAAAGAUGCGGCUCUAUUGGAGGCUGCUGCCACAGCUGCGGCUGCGCUCAGUGCACGUCAGAAGAAUAUCGAUUUGGAGUCAAUUGGUGUGCAGGCGGAGGAUAUUUUCGACUGCGACAGUGGCGAUGCGGCGAAUUUGGACUUGGAUGGACAAGGUGGUCGCACUUUUCUGCGCGUACUGCUCCAUCUGAUCAUGCACGAUUAUCCGCCGUUGGUGUCCGGCGCACUACAUCUGCUUUUCAGGCACUUUAGCCAGCGGCAGGAGGUGUUACAGGCCUUCAGGCAGGUGCAAUUGCUUGUGUCCGACAGCGAUGUAGAAUCGUAUAAGCAAAUUAAAUCCGAUUUGGAUAUUUUACGACAAAGUGUUGAAAAAUCCGAGCUGUGGGUAUACAAGCCGAAAACAACGGAUGAGUUCAGUGCAACCGCUGAACGCUCUUCUGACCCGGCCAUCGAUGUGUCCAAUUUGAGUAAUGAAUAUCGCGCCUCACUUUCCAAUGAGCAGCUCAAUGAGUACAGAAAGGUUAAAGAAAUACUUAUGCGUAUGAAUAAAUUCUGCGUCACCUCGGGACCCAUCGUUAAGCCGCGCAAGCACGAGCAACGCCUUUUGCGCAAUGUUGGUGUUCACACUGUUAUCCUUGACCUGCUGCAAAAUCCCUAUGAUGAAAAGGACGAUGUGCUCAUGAAAGAGCUGAUGUGUUUGGCGCAUGAGUUUUUGCAGAAUUUCUGUUUGGGAAAUCAACAAAAUCAAGUCUUGCUGCACAACCAGUUGGAUCUGUUCCUGAAUCCAGGCAUAUUGGAGGCAAAGACUGUCUGCGCUAUCUUCAAGGACAAUCUCUCCCUUUGCAACGAAGUCACCGACAAAGUCGUUCAACAUUUCGUGCAUUGCAUUGAGAUCCACGGCCGUCAUGUUGUCUAUUUGCAAUUUCUUCAAACAAUUGUUAAAGCAGAGAAUCAAUUUAUACGCAAAUGUCAGGAUAUGGUCAUGCAGGAACUGAUCAAUGCCGGCGAAGAUGUGCUCGUCUUCUACAACGACAAGACUUCCUUCAACCAAUUUGUCUCAAUGAUGCAAAGUGAAAAGUCGCCUUUAAGUGAUACAAGUCCACUUCGGUAUCACGUGGAGCUCGUAAAGCUGCUUGCCUGCUGUACUAUGGGGAAAAAUGUCUACACUGAAAUUAAGUGCAAUAAUUUGCUGUCUUUGGACGAUAUCGUUACCAUUAUUUGCAAUCCUGCCUGUAUACCGGAAGUGAAGGAAGCUUAUGUUGAUUUCCUCAAUCAUUGUUACAUUGAUACUGAGGUGGAGGUGAAGGAGAUCUACUCUUCGAGUCACAUGUGGAAUUUGUUUGAGAAAUCGUUUCUCGUCGACGUCAAUCAACUUAUCGCCAUCGGCGCCAAUGCCAAUAAGACUCUACUCAAUUAUGUACUGAGCGGUGUGACGAAUGUAUUGAAUACCUUCUUCUCCAGCCCCUUCUCCGAUCAGAGCACCAUCGUGCAAACCCGUCAGAUGAUUUUCGUUCAGAUACUGCAAGCCACCUAUCGCCUGUCGCAGUGCAAGUGGCUGACACUGGCCGAUCGCUUUAAUGUCGAGAACUGCGUUCGUACGUUGGCUGAAUCGGCGAAGACGCGCAACAUUGCGAUACCGCUCGACUUGGAGCAGCAAGUGGUGUCGAUGUCUAGCAAAACAGCCUUGCUAACGCGUCAGACCACCAAAUGGCUACUGGCCUCGAAACAGCCAAAAUAUGAAACACAGCUCUCGGCAAAUUUAAUGCGUUUAGACCGAUCGAUUAUAGAGGGUUUGCAAGAUAUUGUAUCGCUGUUGGAAGAUCAACUGAAGCCGGUGGUGGAAGCGGAGUUGUCGUUGUUGGUCGACAUUCUGUAUAGAUCGGAGUUACUAUUUCCGCCUGGUACCGAGGCGCGCAAGCGUUGCGAGAGCGGUGGCUUCAUUAGGAAGCUAAUCAAACAUACUGAGAAGCUGCUGGAGGAGAAGGAGGAAAAGCUGUGCGUGAAGGUAUUGCGUACGCUGCGCGAAAUGAUGGCAAUCGAUGUUAAUUAUGGUGAGAAAGGAGAUGCGCUGCGAAACACUUUGCUAAUGAGGUACUUUGAUCGGAAGGGGGGCGGCGGAAGCGGUGGAAUUAUUAGCGGUAUUGGUAGAAGUGGUGUUAGUGUUGGUAUUAUAGGAGUCGGGGCCGACGCUAGCGGCAUUGGUGGUGCGGCACAGCAGGCAAUCGAAGGUCAACCAGAUGCUGGCGACCCCAGCGCUCUCGAGCAACAGAAACGCGUUCAUUUGGUAACUCAUGGCCCUGGCGCCAAGUACCUCCAACGUGCUGGUAAAACUCUACACGAAGUGCAAAACCAUUUAGAUCGCGAAGGCGCCUCCGAUUUGGUUAUUGAACUUGUCAUAAAGUCUGUGCACUCACCUUCUAUCUUCGUGGAGGCCGUUGAGCUAGGUAUUGCGCUCCUUGAAGGCGGCAAUCCCAUCAUACAAAAGGGCAUGUACCAAAAGUUUUUAAGCGGCGAUUUCAAUCAGGCUUUCUACAAGGUUUUCUUCGAGAAAAUGAAGGACUCCCAGCAAGAAAUAAAGUCCACAGUGACGGUGAACACCACAGAUAUUGCCGCCAAGGCACACGAAAAUAAGCAGGAUGCCAACUUGGAGCUGGACAAAGUAUCACGCAAACAUGGCGUGAAGAGCAACGGCGUCGUCAUCACGGACGAGCUGAAAAAGGAGUUGCAUAAUGCGGGUCUGGCAACAGCACGCGCUUACGGCAAUGCACGCAGCAUACAUCCGGGUGAUGAAAACUCUGCUAUCAGCAUUAACAGCCCAUUAGAAGACAUACUCGCCGAAAAGUUGGAAAAGCACAAAGACAGCAAGGAGGAUCGCAAUAAGAUUUCGAAUAAAGUAUUGGUGAUGCAGCCGAUUCUGCGUUUUCUACAAUUGCUCUGCGAGAAUCACAAUCCCGAUCUGCAGAAUUUGCUGCGCAAUCAGAACAACAAAACUAACUACAAUCUCGUCUCCGAAACGCUAAUGUUUCUGGAUUGUAUUUGUGGCUCUACAACUGGCGGACUGGGGUUACUUGGUCUUUACAUCAACGAAAAUAAUGUGGCACUCAUCAAUCAAACUUUGGAAACGCUUACCGAAUACUGUCAAGGUCCCUGUCAUGAGAAUCAAAAUUGUAUAGCGACGCACGAGUCAAACGGGCUGGACAUCAUAACAGCGCUGAUACUCAACAACAUAAAUCCGCUGGGUGAGAAUCGCAUGGAUCUCGUAUUGGAGCUGAAAAACAAUGCAUCCAAAUUGCUAUUGGCCAUUAUGGAGAGCCGAGGCGACAGCGAAAAUGCCGAACGCAUUUUGUACAAUAUGAACCCGAAACAACUGGUGGAGGUGGCCUGCAAGGCUUACCAUCAGGAGGAGAUGAUCUACGAGAGCGAUGAUCAUGAAGAAGGCGAUGUAGAUUCAGAUGACGAUGUAUCAGUGAGCCCACGCGAAGUCGGUCACAAUAUUUAUAUACUUUGCCAUCAGCUAGCGCAACACAACAAGGAGCUGGCAGCGCUCCUAAAGGCGUGCGAAGAUGCACAGGCAUCCAAUUUCGAUGCCAAAAUGAGUCAGGCACUGAUGUAUUAUGCAACACACACAGCGCAAAUUGAAAUUGUACGUAAUGAUCGCACCUUAGAGCAGAUCGUUUUUCCGAUACCGGAAAUAUGCGAAUACUUGACAACAGACACAAAAAUAAAAAUUUUAAAUACGGCAGAACGUGACGACCAGGGCUCAAAGGUGGCGGAUUUCUUCGACAAGGCCGAGGAGAUGUUUAACGAAAUGAAGUGGCAAAAGAAGUUGAGAGGACAACCUUUUUUAUUCUGGGUCAGCAGUUAUAUGUCACUGUGGAGCAACAUACUCUUCAAUUGCGUAGUUGUUAUUAAUCUCAUAGUCGCAUUCUUUUAUCCCUUCGACAAUACUGUGCCGGAGCUCAGUUCACACAUUUCCUUACUCUUUUGGGCCAUUUUGCUGUUCUCACUCGCUAUUGUUGUGACACUACCGCGCGAAUCGGGCAUACGUACUUUAAUUGGAUCGGUGAUAUUACGUUCCAUAUUUCUAAUUGGACCAGAAUCGACGCUUUGUCUGCUCGGAGUUGUGACGGUUACCUUGAAAAGUGUUCACAUCGUGAGCAUUAUGGGCAAUAAUGGCACUUUGGAGAAGAAUUUCUUUAAAAUCAUAACGGAUAUGCAACUACUUUACCACUGCAUUUACAUGUUCUUCUGCUUUUGUGGGUUGAUUUUCCAUCCCUUCUUCUACUCGCUGCUGCUCUUCGAUGUUGUCUACCGAGAGGAAACUUUGGUUAACGUCAUACGCUCCGUCACACGCAAUGGUCGUUCGAUUGUAUUGACGGCCGUCUUGGCUUUGAUUUUGGUCUAUCUCUUUUCUAUUAUCGGUUACAUGUUCUUUAAGGACGACUUUCUAGUCGAAGUAGACCCCGAUGAUGCACAAACGGCACCGACACCUACGCUAGCGGAUAUUACAAUCUCGAUGGCGACGAAUGCAGCUGACACCACUUGCAGCGCACCGGAUGCAUUUAAUAAGGGCACCACACCCGGCAAUGGCGGCAGCGCUGAGGCUGAUAGCACAACUACUGGUUCGACUGGAGCCGCAGUCAGUGGCGGUGAUGAUGACUGUGGAAAGGAACUAAAGGAACGAUCUUGUGAUUCAUUGGUGAUGUGCAUUGUGACCACAUUGAAUCAAGGUUUGCGGAAUGGGGGCGGCAUUGGCGAUAUACUGCGUGCGCCAUCGAGCAAGGAGAGCCUCUUCGCUGCACGUGUCAUUUACGAUCUACUCUUCUUCUUCAUUGUCAUCAUUAUUGUGUUGAAUUUGAUUUUUGGUGUCAUCAUCGACACCUUUGCCGACUUGAGAAGUGAGAAACAGCAAAAGGAGCUUAUACUCAAGAACACCUGCUUCGUGUGCGGCCUAAAUCGUUCGGCAUUCGACAACAAAACGGUCAGUUUCGAGGAGCAUAUCAAGAGUGAGCACAAUAUGUGGCACUAUUUGUACUUUAUAGUGUUGGUAAAGGUGAAGGAUCCCACAGAGUUCACCGGACCCGAAAGUUAUGUUUACGCCAUGGUGAAAGCCGGCAUUUUGGACUGGUUUCCAAGACUGCGCGCUAUGUCCCUGGCGGCUGUGGACGCCGACGGUGAGCAAAUUGAGUUGCGCAGCAUGCAGGCACAGCUGUUGGAGACGCAAUUGCUCAUCACCAGCCUGUCACAACAGCUGCACGAACUGAAGGAUCACAUGACCGAACAGCGUAAACAAAAACAACGUCUAGGUUUGCUCAACACAGCGCCGAGUAAUCUAUUGGCGUGCUAUCAACUGCGUGACGCGAAUAAUUUGUCAUGAAGUUUUGCUGCGGUUGACGGAUGCUUCAAGCAAAGCAAUAAGCAAAGGACAGAUACAAAUGUAUUUUGAAUAAAUGUAGCAUUUCACAUGGUUUCUUAUUAAUUUUUUUCAUAUUUUUUUUUAUUUUUUUUUUUCAUUUUUUCUCGUGAAAAUUAUCGAAUAAUUAUAAUCAUUAGGGGCAACAGAAGCAAUCAAGCAGGAUAAAAUGUGUGUGAGACAUUUAUUAGAAAACUAAAAACAAAAAAAAAAAAAACAAAUAAACAUUAUAUGUGUGUGUGUAUGUGCAAUAUGCGAAAACAAAAACAAUAUUAACUUGCUCACUCGAAAAAGAAAAAGAAUUCAAAUAAUUGAAUUGAAAAGAGAAGAAAACAAAGCAAUUUCAUGUUGUGUGUGUAACUGUAGUGUGAAAUUUUAUUUGUCACUGUAGUUGUUGUUAAUGCAUUUUCACCACAGAAAAGGUGAACAUUUUAAGCAAAACAUUACCGAAUAAGAGCCAAUUUACACGAUGGAUUUUCACCCUGGACCUUUUUGCGCAUUCCCUUUUAAAGAAGUCCUCGAUGCCUUUUUACGGUUUUCCUUGCGUGUUUUUGAAGUUUAAGCGGUCAAUUUUCUUUGGUCAUUCAUUUGAAUUUUAGUGUACUUGAAUAAAAAUACGAAAAUGUGAAUAAGAACAAAGCGAAAUGUCAAAAAACCUCCUUGCCUGCAUCCCUAUCCCGUUGGCUUCUCUACACUUUUUGCCACCAAGCUCCACACGCAAGACUUUCCACCCAGAGUGAAAAGACAGCGUGCAAAUUGGCGCUAACUCUGUAUAAGUAUGUAUGUAUGUAAUGAACGAACCACAUAAACAUGAUUUAUCUUGCAUUUUGAAAACGGUAUAUGUAUGUAUAUAAGAGUAAUGUUUUAAAUUUUGUGACACUUGAUUUAUUUGUCAUCGGAAAUGCAUUACUUAGACGUAAAUUAUUUAUGUAAUUUUCUUUUUCUAUUUUCUACAAUUUUUCCACUCGAAACUAAGGCAAAUCUAUACAAGGUGUGCGCACUAAAGCAGCUAAUUGGAGUGUUAAAGUAAAGUGCAAUGUUAUUGUUGUUGUUGUUUUAGCCAUGAACAUUCCCCAUACAUAAACGGGGAAUGGCGCUGAAAUCAAGGAUGAUAGAUUACCAGCUUUGCUAUUUAGCUAUGGUGAAAAAAAACCUGUGAGGGGAACUUUGGUUGUCACGUCGCUGAAGAGAUUCCGCAACCGAAUUCUGCACGAUCAUUUCACAUAUAUUCACACACUCGUCCAAUCAGUCGUUGUCCAGAUAGCAGCGAAGCAAUAUAAAUGAGGACUGUGUUGAUUUUUUUUUUUCGAAUAUCACUAACACAAACUUAUCGCUACAUGUUGGCACACAAAUUCACACACUCGUCAAAUCCGUCGUCAAACGAAGUGUUAUCAUUGGUGAUUUUAUUUUUUUUUCAUAUAUCACCAACACAAUCUCAGUUAUUUCGUAACCAAACCGCUUCGUGACCCAAAUAACUUCACCCCAUCAGCUGAUUCUGUGAAAUUCGCUCAGUGCCGACUAACGGUAGCACAAUUCGAAAAAUCUUUUCGUCAUAUGCUGAAGUGCCAGUUUUAGGCCGGAUACAAAACUUGCCUAUUUGUUGUUGCUUUGUAUAUUUGUUCACAUUCUGUUUGAAAUUGUAAGGUCCAAAAUGUCAAAUUGUUGUUGCUCUACCUUGUUGUCACCCCCUUGUAUCGAAUUCGCCUUACUCGAAACUAACACAAAUUUCUUUUCUCAAACACUUUUACCGUCACUUUAGUGACAUUUUUAAAAUAACUUCAUUCUCAUAUAUCUGACAAAUAUACAAACAACCUUUACACUAUUAAACAAUAAAUUCGUACUAUCUACAAAUAUGCCAAUAAUCUUUACGAAGUAUACUAUUUCACCUCUCAAAUUUUAAACAUCUAACUUCUAUUCUAAGAAAAACUCUACACUAAAAUGUGAUCUUUUCGAUUUUCGAUUUUUAUUCAAAUUUUCCAAUCACCACACUAUGUGCCGUUCCCAGUCUCUACUAGCUCUACUAAAGUGUAUUUAUACUAAAUGCUGUGGUUUCUACAAUUGAUUUUACAUUUCUACAUAUUUUGUAGUUUUGACAAUUUUCGAAGUACUUUAAUUGCAAAUAAAAUAAAAGUAAAAUUUAAUGUGAACUUAUGGAGACUAAGUUUUUUAGCUCAAUUAAUGUUAAUAUUAUUGAUUAUACUACUUAAAUAUAUUGAGAAUAUUAAUAAUAAUAUAUUAAACUUACACAAACUAUUAUAUAUUUACAUAAUUA